AUGGCAGGAGUUGGACCGAUGACUCAGGACUGGGAGCCGGUGGUGAUCCGUAAGAAAGCUCCUAACGCUGCGGCCAAGCGUGACGAGAAGACUGUCAACGCAGCUCGUCGGAGCGGCGCCGAUAUCGAGUCCGUCAAAAAAUUUAACGCUGGAUCCAACAAGGCGGCAUCAAGUGGCACCUCCUUGAACACAAAGAAGCUUGAUGAUGAGACUGAGAACUUAACUCAUGAACGUGUGCCAACUGAGCUGAAGAAAGCCAUCAUGCAAGCUCGAGGGGAGAAGAAGCUGACUCAGUCUCAACUCGCUCAACUGAUCAAUGAGAAGCCGCAAGUGAUCCAAGAGUACGAGUCUGGUAAAGCAAUUCCGAAUCAACAGAUCCUUGCUAAGCUGGAGAGGGCGCUUGGUGCUAAACUCCGUGGAAAGAAGUGA